AGUUUGAGAAUCAACUGUGGCCAAAGAUACCAUAUGGUGCCAUUUCGAAAACAAAGCGUGAGGUAAGAAAAACGUUUUUUCCUCUCUAGGCUCUUCUCGUAGUCGCCUGGAUUCUGGACCACUCCGGUAACAUCAGCAUCAUGAAUUGCACCGUCGAAGGGUGCGGCAACAGCUACCGGAAAUGUCGUGGCAGAGUGGGCUUCCGUCUCCACGGCUACCCAGUCAAGCGGCCCGAGGUCUGCGAGCAGUGGAAGCAAUUUUCCGGCUGGAGUGGAAAUCUCACCAACGCAAAAAUCUGCUCGCAUCACUUCAAGCCGGACGACUACUUCUAUCAAACCAGCUCGACAAGUCCACAGGCACCGGUACUGCUGCAGGAUGCCGUUCCGUCCGUGGGGGGAUGUCCUCGUUGGCGACAACAGCAACAGCACAACAGCCACAACUCGGAUGCUUUUUCAUAA